AUGAGGUUCGAUAUUUCUUUGCAAGCCAUACUUUUCCUUUCUUUUGCUGUGUUGAUUUCUGCUCAAAAUUGUUCAAGAAACAAAGAUGGACGAACUUUGGAAUGCUAUACAUGUCUAGGACGAGAUAUGGAAAACUGCAACAAAGGUUCAACUUGUUGUAAAGGCUCUUGCUUCAAGCUUAUCGAUGUGGAACACAAUCUAAUCAUAAAGGGAUGUAACGAGGGUAAAGAGGAAGAUGCUUCCAUGAAGGUUCGCGAGUUAGCUGUUCCUCUAUACUGGUCGAAAAACGAGAACGUGAAAGGAGAGUCUUACUUCUGCAGCAGUAAAGCGUUCUGCAACGAGUCAGCAACGAAGUUCCAUAUUUUGGCUAUAAUGUCCAGCUGUUUGUUCGCUCUCUUAUGGAUUCAAUAA